UAACACUUUCAAUUCGCCAUCAUAUUACUAUUACUAAUAUUGUUACUAUUAUUACAUAUCUACAAUAAACACUACUUACAAAAUAUAUGUAACAAAGUGCGAAUUUCACACCGGAGACCCAUGGCAUCAAUGGAACAUGAAGCUUCUUCUUUCGAAACCAGUGAAAUGCUGGCGAGUUUCGUGGCCUCGACGCCGCUUCUUGAACAAUCCUGGAAGCUUUGCCAGCUGGCCAACACGAAGCGAGAUGAGCUGGUUACUCAACAUGUCGGAGAGGCAAUACAUGUUGCGUUCUCCGGUGGGGGCGGUAUGCACGGUUUGGACACGAUUUGCGGGAAUUUGGUGCCGCUGAUCGAUAAAUCAUCGAAAAACAGGGAAAUGUUUUCGGCGUUUGAAAGACAGGAGGAUGAGGUUGUUAUGGUUCAUUCGGGGUUUUUGCAUCAGUUUGUUUGUAUGUAUAACAACUCCACUUUCCAAAACCAGAUGUUGGAUAUAUUAAAGGAAAGAAAAUCACUGGUACUUACAGGCCACUCCUUCGGAGGUGCAAUUGCAUCUCUCACAUCUCUUUGGCUCCUCUCUUAUCUCCACUCCAUCUCUGCCUCCUUUUCUGUGCUUUGCAUUACAUUUGGAUCACCAAUGCUCGGAAACAAAUCUCUCUCUCGGGCCAUCCUUCAAGAGCGGUGGGCUGGGAACUUUAUUCAUGUGAUCGGAAAGCAUGACAUUGUCCCCAGACUCCUGUUUGCUCCACUGGAUCAAGUGACUAAUCACCUGCAUUGCCUCCUACAGUUCUGGCAUUCUUCCAUGAAGCUUGAGGAUUUGUCCUGCAGCGAACAAUCUUUGUUUGGAACUCAGAAUUCACAACUAUUAAAGUUUGUAUUAGUUCAUAUUAAUGCAGCAGCAGAAAAUUUGGAAAAAGGGGCUGCAGAUCUGGGUUCUGCUUUUUCACCAUUUGGGAACUAUAUGUUUUGUAGCGAUGAUGGAGCCAUUUGCAUGGACAAUGAUAUUGCUGUCACCAAGUUGCUACAUGUGUUGUUUUCGACAGCUACUGUAAGUUCUGUUCAUGAGGAUCAUAUGAACUAUACUGGUUAUGUUGAGAACAUUUCAUCCCAAUUCUUGAAAAGGAGAGGCUAUGUGGAAGUUGGUGACGUACCUGAUCAUCCAAACUAUGAUGCUGGGCUUGCACUGGCCUUGCAGUCCUCGGGAAUAAGCACUAGUCAUGAACCUGCUUAUGAAGUAGCAAAAGAUUGCCUAAAGAUGGCCAAGAGGAUGGGCAGAACUCCAAACCUCAACAGCGCUAAUCUAGCCAUUCGUUUAUCCAAAAUUAAUCCACUACGAGCUCAAAUAGAGUGGUAUAAAGCAUCCUGUGAUGCAUCUGAUGAACAAAUGGGUUACUAUGAUUCAUUCAAGAUGAGAGGUGCCUCAAAGCGACACUUUAGGGUCAACAUGAACCGCAUAAAGCUUGCCCGCUUUUGGAAGGAAGUAAUCGAAAUGUUAGAAACUAACCAGUUACCCCAUGAUUUUCACAAGAGAGCUAAAUGGGUCAAUGCAUCUCAGUUCUAUAAACUCCUUGUCGAGCCACUAGACAUUGCAGAAUAUUAUGGAAAAGGAUUGCACCGAACAAAGGGGCACUAUAUUAAGCACGGACGAGAGAGGAGAUAUGAAAUCUUUGAUAGGUGGUGGAAAGAUAGAAAGGUACCUUAUGAAGAACAGAAUAUCAAGAGAAGUAACUUUGCAAGUCUUACGCAAGAUACAUGCUUUUGGGCUAAGGUAGAGGAAGCUAGAGAGUGGCUUGAUGAUCUUAGGCACGCUGAGAAUGAUCCCCUGAAAAGCGCUCUCCUCUGGCAGAAUGUUGAGGAAUUCGAAAAAUACUCAAAUGGACUGGUAGAAAGGAAAGAGGUGUCCAUAGAUGUUUUGGCAAAAGAUUCAAGCUACAGUUUGUGGGUUGAAGAACUUAAGGCAGUAAAGUCACAGUUGCUGAGAUUUCCUCCUCAGUAUGCUGGUUUCCUAGUUGGAGAAGCUGUCUAAUAGUUUGUAUAUCAUAGAACAAAUAAAAGGUUGAUGUAAAGGAUCUUCAUGUAGAUGUUUUAAAAUGCUACAUUGACCCUAACCAAUAUCUAGCACCAUCUAUCUGUUUACUUCAUUCUUUGUCAUAUAUACCUGUAUUUUUCAUUCUGUAUCAUAGAUACUUGUAUUACGUUCUAUAGUUGUAUAAAAGUCUGUUUUCCUUGUU